GGUGCGGUCUUCAAUCGCAUUUUGGAAAGGCGCAGCUGAAGUCCGCGUGCUCCGUCGCUCCGACAGUGGUCUCGAGCACUUCGUACGCCCCUCUGUCUCUCUCUCUGCGCCCGAGGAACGGUCGAGUCGCCGGUAGCACGCUCAUCAGUUAAGAGAGGAGCAGGACACACUGAUCAGUGAAGGCUGAAGAGUAGCGGAGAGGAAGGGAGGAAAAGAGCAAGCGAGGGCGUGUGUAACGUCUGCAAUGGAGCUCGGUAGAGCCAUUUUCUUGGCUCCUUACCUGUUCUUCCUCCUACUGUUAUCUGCAGAGUUCUCCAAAGCAAGCUACAUAGGUGUUUGCUAUGGAAGAAAUGCUGAUGAUCUUCCUACACCUGACAAAGUUGUACAGCUGGUUAAGGCUCACUCCAUUAAAUAUGUGAGGAUAUAUGAUUCAAAUGUCCAGGUUUUGAAGGCAUUCGCAAACACUGGGGUAGAGCUGAUGGUCGGCAUUCCAAAUGCAGACUUACUUGGGUUUUCACAAUUCCAAUCAAAUGCAGAUUCAUGGCUGAAGAACAGCAUCCUUCCAUAUUAUCCUGCUACUAAAAUCACUUAUAUAACUGUUGGUGCAGAAGUGACAGAAGCGUCUGGCAAUACCAGCUCACUUGUUGUUCCUGCAAUGCAGAAGAUACAUGCUGCGUUGCUAAAAGUAGGACUCAACAAAAAGAUUAAGGUUUCAAGUACUCAUUCAUUAGGAGUUUUGUCACGCUCAUUUCCACCAUCAGCUGGUGCAUUCGACAGCAAGUUUGCCUACUUUCUCAAACCUAUGUUGGAAUUUCUUGCCGAAAAUCAAUCACCAUUUAUGGUUGAUAUAUAUCCUUACUAUGCCUACAGAGAUUCUCCUUCAAAUGUGUCUUUAGAUUAUGCUCUUUUUUCUUCUUCAUCUUCAUCUGCUGUUGUUGAUCCAAACACUGGAUUAGUCUACACCAACAUGUUUGAUGCUCAGCUGGAUGCUCUCUAUUUUGCAUUGACUGCACUGAAUUUCAAGACUUUGAAGAUUAUGGUUACUGAGACAGGUUGGCCAACAAAAGGAUCCACAAAAGAGACAGCUGCUACACCAGGAAAUGCUCAGACCUACAACACAAAUCUCAUUCGACAUGUGAUCAAUGACACUGGAACUCCUUUUAAGCAGGGUGAAGAGAUAGAUGUUUAUAUUUUUUCUUUGUUCAAUGAGAACAGGAAGCCUGGAUUGGAUUCAGAACGAAACUGGGGUUUGUUCUAUCCUGAUCAGACUAGUGUCUAUAACUUGGAUUUAACUGGGAAAGAGAGUUCCACUGCCGUUUCUGGUGUGAAUGAUACACUGUCCAAUGGGACUUGGUGCAUUGCUUCAUCCAAUGCUUCUGAUGUAGAUUUACAGAGUGCGCUGGACUGGGCAUGUGGUCGCGGCAAUGUUGAUUGUUCACCUAUUCAACCAAGCCAAGCUUGUUAUCAGCCUGAUACGUUAGCAUCUCAUGCCUCCUAUGCAUUCAACAGUUACUAUCAGCAGAAUGGAGCUUCUCCAGUUGCUUGCAGCUUUGGUGGCACAGCGAUGAUAACAAAUAAGAACCCAAGCUAUGACAAUUGCCAAUAUGCAACCCAAGGGCACAUUAUGUACAGGACUAUUCUAGCGAAUGCCAACUCAACAGGUUCUGCAUCUUCAGCAUCUGCGGAGCACAGUUUUGGGACUCGCAUUGCUACCAUCCUAAUUUCGGUGUUGGUUGAGGUUCUGUUUUCUUUCAGUCUCUCAAGAUUGUGAAAAAGGGUGGUGCUGCUAUGUAUUUUUUAUAUAUGUAAAUCUAUUCUUUCAUUGUAAAACUCUUACUUUAUCCAUUUCAAUGUGUCUCUUAUAUCCUUGCA